GUGGAGGUGGAGCAGAAGAAAACGCUGCUGUCUCGUCCCACAGACCUGCUGCUCACGCUGGGCCUCAUGGGAAGCAUCAUCUUCACUGCGUUCAGAGGCUUUGUUGUUCUUGAAUGUUCUCUGGAUUUUUGUUUUACCUACAUCUUCCAGUACGAGCCGUACAUGAAAGACAGUGUCGGCUUUCCAAAAGUCACGAUGCUGGUGUUCCUCUUUUAUGUUUUGCCGCUCCUGACGGCGUGUGUUUAUGGGCUUCACGCUCCCGGAUGCACAUGGAUGUUGGACUGGACUCUGGUUCUUGCAGGAGCUGUAGCUCAG